AUGGGCUCUAUUUUAGCUGAUGAUAUAAUUUUCGAAUCCUACCCAAAUGAGCCAGACAUUUCAUUGUAUGACAAUGUUGAAUACUUUUGUGCAAUUGAUCUUCCGAGUACCGAAAAAAGAAAUAGUCGUAAGUUUGUAAUGGGAUUUUCAGUUAGUAUGGGAGGAACUUUUCAAUUGAGAAAGAACAUAAUAAUUAACUGCAUGAUAACUUGAAAAGUUAAACGUCGUGUAACAUUUUUCAUAUUUUUAUCAAACGUGCUAUUCAGAAAGAAUUUGAUCACUAGUAACGACGUUGUAAGGAGUGAAGUUCGAAAUAAUUUUGAGGUGGAAAAAAAGUGAAAACUGAAAAUAUUCUAAGAUUUGUCGGAUUUUUUAAAAAUCAUUCAUCAAAAAUGAUAUCACAUGAAUUUUUUUCAUAAAAGUUUUUUUUGUUAUUACUCAUAUCGAAUAAGUUUCCAAUUCGUUUUUUUUUUGCUUUCAACUAACAAAAAGUUGUGCAAUCAUUUUUAAUGAUCAAUUUUUUCCGCACAUUUUUACAACACAAAAAAAAAACAUACAAAAAUUGUCAAAUCUGCAAUGUUUAUGUAUUUUGUGUAUCAUUCGAAAGUUUUCUAACAAGAAACAUAACUAUUAGACCAUCGUUUGCGGCAGAAAAUGACCUGUGAGUUUUAUUUUCAAAAAUAAAAUUUGUUUGUUUUCCCAAUUUCAAAUGAAACGGUCAAAAUAUUUCACCAUCUGUGUCAACUUAUCGAUCGAUAUAUCAUAUUUAAAACACAUAAAAAAUAAUUUCAACAUUUUGUACGUGCUUAGUUUUUGAUCAAAAAAUUUAUAAUUCCAUUUUUUUCGCAGCAAUCUGCUAAAAGGCGCCAAAAUGCCGUUUGAUAAUACUGCCGAUAAUCAGACGCAAUCGCACUUGUACACAUUUUAUAUACACAGUUUGAAAAAAUUUUUGGAGCCUCUUAUCAAUUUUUCUCUGCUUUAUUUUUUCGCUAUUUUUUUAGUAGUUUACUUUUAACAUAACGUAGAUUUUUUUUUUCAUAUUUCUUUUUCCUUUAGAUUUUUUUUUAUUUUUAGUUUCAAUUAAUUUUAAUAACCUGAUGAAAACAUGAUUCAUUUAAAGAACGAGUGUAAUUGACAUUUUUCUUCAAAAUAGAAUGAGGAAUUCAUCAGAAAACAAUGAAACAUAGAUUAGUUCCUUGUUAGAUAGAAAAAAAUCUAUACUAUGUGUGUUAAUCUUGGAAUUUGAAAGCGUAGUCAAGAAUCUAUAAAAGAAUCUAUAAAAAAGCCCAAACCAUUUUCAAAAUAUGUUGUUUUUAUUUGAUAAUUUCUGAUUUAAAAAUCUUUGAGACUUCAAUGACCAAAAAUUGAUUAGUAUUCACUAAUAUUUUUUUCAAAAUAUGAUAUCAUUCUUAUUCGAAAUGGUUUGAUUCCAAAACUUCCUUUGAAUGACCAAAAAUUGAAUGAUUAGUCAUGGAAAACCCAUUUUUUCAACAACAACAGAAAAAUAUUUUUCGAAAAGCAGAGAAUUUUGAUAAGAAGAAACAUUUUCAUGUUUAUAAUCAAUAAAACCGCACAUUUUUUGAUGACACCGACUAACAUUCCAGACCACGCGUAAAAUAAAAGUGCAAACAAAUAAAUAUUGCUAUUUGCAGUUUUCCGUCGUUAUCCGCAACUCAUUCCAAUGUCGGCUGAUGAGAGUACGGUGAAUUCAACAGCCGUUCCGGAUAUCACGCCAAGUAUGGCUGCAACGAUUCCACAUGCGGUUUAUGAGCAAUUGAAUAAUGAUUUCUUACCAGCUGCAAAAGCUGUCGCAGGUGCUGGGACGAAUUUGUUGAAAGCGUUUCAUUUUCUUCAAGAAUCAUUGAUUUCUUAUUGUGAUGCAACUCACAAAUUGAUUAAAUCUGCUGAUUCUGCAAAUGAAAAAUCAAAACAUGAAGCAGCGGAAUUAUCAAAAGUUUUCAAAAAAUUUGUUCAAGUUGUCAAUGCUAAUCCACAACAUGUAAGUUUUCUUUUCUAUUCCGAAAAAAAAUGUUUCGUUGUGUUUAAAAUUUCAAUGUCACCAUUUAGGUGGUCGAUAAGAAAUGUCAUCAUAAAUUCCAAAUUUCGGGCGGGUUAUUGAAAUAAAAAACUUUGUUCCCUUUAUAUUAGCGGAGUGCUUGGAAUUUUCAAAACCCAUAAAAAUUUUCAAAGCUGUCAUAGAUAUUUCAAACAACAUACACUCAAAGAAUAAUCUUCAUUUUAGAUCGCAAAAUUCGAGGCAAUUUCUUUGAAAAUUAAUGACUAUAGCUCAAAAGACAAAGAAAAGACCAAAUCCGAAAUCACCGAUUAUAAAAAAGAGCUGAAGAAAAUCAGCAAGAAAGGAAGUUCGAGAGAAGUUACCGAUUUUAAUCGACGUGCUGCUCGCGAUUGGACACGUCAGCAAGAACUUCGCUACAAAUUUUUCAAUGAAAAAAUCACAGAGUGGAUUGAGGGGUAAAUACUAUUUUAAAAAAUAUAUUUCAUAAUUUGCUGUUUAUUUUUGUAGAUUCGCAUCACUCUCGAAUAUUUUCGAUGAUAAUGAAGUUGAACAUAUUGUUGCAACAUCACAAGUAGUUCCAAAGAAAGAAGAAAAUCCAGCUCCAGUUGUUGAUUGGCAUCAGGAAUCACAUGAUCACGCUGCAAAAAUUGUUCAAGAGGAGGUUGUCCAUCACCCAAUUGUUAGUUUUUUUAUUCAUGAAAAUUUUGAAAGCUUACAAACUCAGGUUCCUCCACCAAUUCAACCGCCAAUUCAAUCGGCAAAAACCAGAGCGUCAACUGAUUCAUCAGUUGCAUCAAGUUUGGAUGAUAUUCCAUCCGCCAGAAAACCAACACUUGACAACGGGGUUACCCUUGUCAGCAACCAUCGUCGUAAUUCUAUUGAAAUCACACCAGCUCGAGUUGCACCAAUAACAAUUCCACCACCACCGGUUGCUUCACCAAGAGCUUAUGAGUCAAUUCAACACGAACGUGUUACAAGCUAUCAUCAACCUGAAAAUACAGCUCCAGGAGUUUCGUCACGAGCAGGAAGAACGAUCCCGGGAGCUGUGCCUGUAUUUGGGCUAACUGGGGAGAUUCCAAAAGUCAAUGUUCCAGUUGAAACACGUUAUGUUCCAACCAGAGUGAGUACUUUUGAGAACAAAUUUAUAUUUCUUUGUAAAAAAAUGUUACACGAUUUUUCAUUUUAUUUAUUUGAAAUCAUUCAGAAUGGUUACACUCCUUACAACGUCGUUACUAGUGAUCAAAUUCGAGUUGGACGUGUUGUUCAAAAUCCAAUUACUGAAGAACAAAUGAACGUGAAGAAGUUCCAAGUUGAAUCAAACUACGUUGCAAAUGCAUCACCAUCACAUCAACCCAGAAAACCAAUGAUUCCAAGAAAAGAGCAUGUCAACGAAGGUAAUUAUAAAAUUUUUCUAUAAAAAUUGGAGUCUACUCCAAAAGAUCAAAGAAUCAACAUGCAACUUAAUUACAUAAUUAUAGACUUCACUGUUGCAACCGCUUUCAACCCUUCACAAUAUGGAAGUAUUCUUAUUGUUAAUGACGAUUUCAACGCGUCCUCUGGAGAGCAGAUGACCGUUAAUCGUGGAGAUAAGGUACUUUUUUAUUCAAAAUCAGUUUUAGUUCUAACAUACAUACAUUAUUGUUUUUCAGGUUAUUCUGUUGAAAUGUGGAAGCCGUGGUUGGGUAUUUGUCCGUGAUGCAGUUUCAAUGCGCACUGGUUGGGUUCCAGAACCAUUUGUGAACCUUUAA